GGAAUAUUUACAACAGAUGAUGUGAAAAGAUUCAAAUGGAAACGUGCAAUUAAGCGAACUUUAAAAGAAGCAGAAAAUGGACAAAUGAAGGUGAAGCGGUUGAGGACCAAAGUUAUUCAAAGUUAUUUAGCAAGUGGUCAGUCUAAUGGAAGUGAUGAAAAUCCCGAAACCAUUUUUAAUGCUAAAUUGUGUUCUUUAGGUUUACGUAUUGAUAAUAAAAUAGUGCGGUUAAAUUAG